AUGGGAAGCGGUGCCGUUUUUAGUUAUGGUGACAAUGGAAGGAUAACAAUAUCUCAGAACCUUGGAUUCCUAGGCCUAAGUUACAGUUCUCCAAUUCUUGUGUGUGCCAUGGGCCUAAUGAUCCCAACUUUUUCCUUCCUGCUCUCCGUCAUUCUCAGAAGGACAAGGCUAGAUUGGAGAAGCUCAAGCUUCCAGGCCAAAGUAAGUGGGACAAUAAUAUCAAUCACUGGGGCAGUAGCGGUUGAACUCUACAAGGGUGCAUAUAUAAGAACAUCUUCAGUUUCUUCUUCACCUGGGAAGCAACUUCAAGUCUUAGCACAGAAAGCACUUUUGGUCUUCUCCCCAGAACCAACAGAACAUUGGGUUGUGGGUGGCAUUUUGCUGGCAUCUGCUUCUUUAUCUGUCUCAGUAUGGAACAUCAUUCAGCUGGGAACCAUGAAACUAUAUCCAGAAGUGGAAGCAAUGGAAGUGGUAACUUUUUAUAGCUUGCUUGGGACAAUACAGAGCGCAAUAUUAUCCUUGUUCUUAAAAAGAAACCCAAGUGCUUGGAGAUUAAAACUCAACAUGGAGCCCCUUCUCAUUAUUUUAACAGCAAUUUUUGGGGGUCUAGUUCGAAGCCGGGUUCACAAUUGGUGCAUGAGCAUAAAGGGUCCAUACUAUGUACCGCUGUUCAAGCCAUUUGGGAUUGUUUUUGCUACCAUUUUUGGUGUCAGCUUAUCUGCAAAUAGUCUGCAUUAUGGAAGUGUGAUAGGAUCAGUAGUAAUUGGAAUGGGGUAUUUUGUAAUAUCAUGUGGACAAAUCAGAGAAGAUGAAGGGCAGCAAGACCAACAAUGUGUUGAUGAGAGGCUGGAAUCUAAUUCUGAGAGGAAAGUCCCUCUCUUGCAAGAAGAAAAUAAUGGAUAGAUUAAUCUCAAACAGAAGGGAAAGCUUGAGCGUUGAGAAGAAAGAAGGCUCCUUGCAUUCUCACUUGGUUUCGAGAUCAUUUCAUCAAGCUUUAUAUCUGAUAAUUACGAGGGAACAUGCAUCAUUCUUUUUUUCUUUUUCUUUUUUUGUGAAU